AUGUUGGCCGUCUUCCGCAAGACCUUCGCCCGCCGUCCGACGGAGCUCGUCUCUCCGGAUCCCGGCCUCCAGCAGCGCUGCGCCAAGAGCCGCGAAAAGAUCCUCCGCCACUUCCAGGCCGCCCACCCCGCCGUCUCCUUCUGCACCACCUUCGCCGGCGGCGCCACCCUCGCCUCCAUCGGUCCCCACGCUCCCCGCCCCUCUUUCCUCCACCGAAGAUUGUUCUGUAGCUACGACAAUGUUUACUGCGUGUUCGUGGGGAGCAUUCAGAACCUGACCUCGCUGGUGCGCCAGUACGGCCUCUCCAGUAAGCCCGCUGACGAGGCGCUUCUCGUGAUCGAGCUCUACCGCACGCUGCGCGACCGCGGGUCCUACCAGGCCGACAAGGCCCUCAAGGACAUCGCCGGAAGCUUCGCCUUCGUCGUCUACGACAACACCACCGGCGCCGUCUUCGCCGCCCUGAGCUCCGACUGCGGGGUGCCUUUGUACUGGGGCGUGGCGGCGGACGGGUUGCUGGUGAUAGGCGACGAGGUGGAGAUUGUGAAGGGCGGCUGCGGCGAGUCUAACGCUCCAUUCCCCCGUGGGAGGCCUGAGGAGAUUCGAGCAUCCGAUGGACAAGAUGAGGCCGAUGAACAGCGGGUCGACAGCGAGGGCACCAUCUGCGGCGCCAGCUUCAACGUUGACGUCUCCAACAAGGUCAAAUCCAUGCCGCGGGUCGGGAGCGCCGCCAACUGGGCCUCCACGUGGAGACCGGAUGGUUCCUGCAGGUACAUUAAUGGGGAUCCCACUAAUAUGGUUAAAGGGAUCAAGCUCUGGAACAAAAAAACGUUCGGAUUCGGGUUCGGGUUCGGGUUCGGGAUCGGGUUCGGGAUCGGGUUCGAAGUCCAUAUCCGAAUCCGAUCUCUCGAGGAGCGAGGGGCCGUUGCGUUCCAUCAACUUCCGACGCCGCCUCGUCGCGUGGCACCCGCGGCGGCGAAUGAUCUCCUGCCGCCGACGCACUCUGCCUCUCCGCCGUCGAUGAUCGUCGCCACUCGCAGUCUCCGCCUUUUCCUGAACUAUCGCCGCCGGAAUCUACGCUUUCCGCCAUCGCUCCUGCUCUCAUCCCGUGCCGAGGGCUUUGAUCUUUCUUAUUCGGUGUUUUGCGAGAAAGUGUGGCCGAGUUUGGCGGGGGAGGUGCCAGAUUUGCUUGUCCGGCAGCCUAGAAUGGAUUUAGCUUGUGGCGUUCGGAUGUCGUCGACGGCGCACGAUUGUGGCAUCGGUUUGGGUUAUUGGAAGUUCGCAUACAGAGGUCGGAGUCGCUAUUUAGUUCGCGACUCUGUGGUUCAUUUUGCGAGCUUCGUUGCGUUCGAGGGGGAGCGUAUGGGAGAGAUUUCGCGGACUCGCAAAAGAGGAGAGUUUCUGGAAGCGAUCUCUUUAACCAUAGGAAACUUUUGA